AACAAUAACAAAGAUCUUCGCUUGACUCCUUUGUUGUGGUGCCGGGCGAGGUUCAGGCGGCGUCCUGUCUAAUAUUUUCCCUCAUUUAGUGUCAAAAACUCGCCUAAAUGUCGGACAACGAAGAUCCAGUGGAGCCCAUGGAGGUCGGGGAAAAUUCUAACGAGUCAUCUUCUGGAGAGACAUCGUCAAGCAAGGCCGGGGGAGGGGAGUAUGAGAACAAGAUGGAGAGUGACCGAGCCAAGCGUUUCGACUACCUGCUGAAACAGACUGAAAUUUUCUCCCACUUCAUGAUAGGGGCAAGAGACAAAACCCCCUCCUCACCCCUGAAAUGCAAGCCAGGUCGCCCCAAGAAGGUGGAGAACAAAAAGCCGUCGCUGCUGGGAGAACGGGUGAAGAAAAUUGCAACAUCGGCAGCAGAUCACCGCCACCGGAUGACAGAGCAGGAGGAGGACGAGGAGCUGCUGGCAGAGUCUAACAAGUCCUCAAAAAUCAUCACUCGGUUUGAGGAAAGUCCCAGCUAUGUGGUGAAUGGGGAAAUGAGGGACUACCAGAUCAGGGGCUUAAACUGGAUGAUCGACCUUUACGAGAAUGGCAUCAACGGAAUACUAGCAGACGAGAUGGGCCUCGGAAAGACUCUGCAGACUAUCUCACUGCUUGGGUACAUGAAGCAUUUCCGCAAUAUUCCGGGACCCCACAUGGUAAUUGUGCCCAAGUCGACCCUGAGGAACUGGGAGAACGAGGUCAAGAGAUGGUGCCCUUCUCUGCGCUGUGUGUGCCUCAUUGGUGACCAGGAAACUAGGUCAACAUUCAUCCGAGAGGUCAUGAUGCCGGGAGAGUGGGACGUCUGCAUCACCUCGUAUGAAAUGUGUAUUAGGGAGAAGUCAGUGUUUAAAAAGUUCAAUUGGAGGUACAUGGUGAUUGACGAAGCCCACAGGAUCAAGAACGAGAAGAGCAAACUGUCAGAGAUUGUGAGAGAAUUUCGCACCACCAACCGGCUGCUACUGACAGGAACCCCACUGCAGAACAACUUACAUGAACUGUGGUCUUUACUGAACUUCCUGCUUCCUGAAGUGUUUAGCUCCUCUGAGGACUUUGACUCGUGGUUCAACACAAACAGCUGCCUGGGCGACUCAAGCCUGGUGGAGCGCCUGCAUGCUGUACUAAGGCCCUUCUUGCUGCGCCGCCUCAAGUCUGACGUGGAGAAGAGACUGCUGCCCAAGAAGGAAACCAAAGUGUACAUCCAGUUAUCCAAAAUGCAAAGAGACUGGUACACCAAGAUUCUGAUGAAGGAUAUCGAUGUUGUAAACGGUGCUGGGAGAACAGAGAAGAUGAGGCUGCAAAAUAUUUUAAUGCAGCUGCGGAAAUGCUGCAACCACCCCUACCUGUUUGAUGGUGCUGAGCCUGGCCCACCCUACACCACUGAUUAUCAUUUGGUCAGCAACUCAGGCAAGAUGAUAGUGCUAGACAAACUGCUCCCAAAACUGCAAGAGAUGGGGUCCCGGGUCCUCCUCUUCUCCCAGAUGACACGCAUGCUGGACAUUCUUGAGGACUACUGUGUGUGGCGCAAAUACUCCUACUGCAGGAUUGAUGGCCAGACAGCUCACGAGGAUAGGCAGAGGCAGAUCGACGAGUAUAAUCACCCGGACUCAGAGAAAUUCCUGUUUAUGUUGUCAACGCGUGCUGGUGGUCUGGGUAUCAAUUUGGCCACCGCUGAUAUUGUCAUCCUGUUCGACUCUGACUGGAACCCCCAAAUGGAUCUGCAGGCGAUGGACAGAGCUCACCGCAUUGGCCAGAAGAAGCAAGUCAAAGUGUUCCGGUUCAUCCAGGAGAACUCGAUGGAGGAGAAGCUGGUGGAGCGAGCUGAGGUGAAGCUCAGGCUGGACAAGAUGGUCAUUCAGCAAGGCCGGCUGAUGGACAACAAGACAAAUGCGCUGGCUAAGGACGAGAUGCUGGCAAUGAUCAGACACGGCGCCAAUGAGGUUUUCAAGGGGAAGGACGAUGAAUUUACUGAUGAGGACAUUGAUGCUAUUAUCGGCCGAGGAGAGGAGAGGACAGAGGAGCUCAACAAGAAACUAGAGGCCCUUGGAGAGUCUUCCCUGCGUCAGUUCACCCUAGACGUCCCCACCAACUCUGUGUACCAGUUCGAGGGAGAGGACUACAGAAAUAAGCAGAAGGCAAUAGUGGGUAUGUGGAUUGAGCCACCUAAGAGAGAACGCAAGGCGAAUUAUGCUGUGGAUGCUUACUUCAGAGAGGCCCUGCGUGUGUCCGAACCCAAGGCGCCCAAGGCUCCCCGGCCCCCGAAGCAGCCGGUUGUUCAGGACUUCCAGUUCUUCCCGCCCAGACUGUUUGAGCUGCUGGACAAGGAAAUAUAUUACUACCGCAAGACUGUCGCUUACAAGGUGCCGAAGAACCCUGAGUACAUGGGUGAGGCCGCAAGGAUUCAGCGGGAGGAGCAGCAGAAGAUCGAUGAAGCAGAACCAGUGACGGAGGAGGAGAUGGAGGAAAGAGAUCAACUGCUAACUCAAGGAUUUUUAAACUGGAGCAAGAGAGACUUUAACCAGUUCAUCAAGGCUAAUGAGAAGUAUGGCCGUGAUGAUAUAGAGAAUAUUGCCAAGGAGGUGGAAGGCAAGACCCCAGAGGAGGUGAUGGAGUACUCUGCAGUCUUCUGGGAGCGCUGUUCGGAGCUGCAAGACUGUGACCGCAUCCUGGCACAGAUCGAGAGAGGAGAGGCCAAGAUUCAGCGACGUGCGUCCAUCAAGAAGGCUCUGGAUGCUAAGAUGGCAAGAUACAGAGCUCCUUUCCACCAGCUGCGAAUCUCCUAUGGAACCAACAAGGGAAAGAAUUAUACAGAGGAGGAGGACAGGUUUCUGGUCUGCAUGCUUCACAAACUCGGCUUUGACAAGGAGAAUGUCUACGAGGAACUGAGAGCUGCUGUGAGGUCAGCACCACAGUUCCGCUUUGACUGGUUCAUCAAGAGCAGGACAGCCUUGGAACUACAGAGACGCUGCAACACUCUCAUCACGCUGAUCGAGAGAGAGAACCAAGAACUGGAGGAGAAAGAGAGAGCAGAGAGGAAGAAGGGGAGACCUCGCAGUAUGUACAUCAAGUCUGGCAAGAGGACAGCUGGGGCACAGGACGGCAGGGGGAGGCGCAAGAAGAAGGCAGAGUAGGUGGAUUGAAAGCUUGAGAUGGUGAAAGGUGGAAAGGAGAUGGAUAGGAAAGGUUUUUGAUGGUGGAUAAGUUGAUAAAAAGGUGAAAAAGGAGGUGGAUAGGAAAAUAGAGGAGGAAGAAGAUGAUUACUUGGUGAAGAUAGAAGGGAAAGGCACAAGAAAGGAGGAAGAUAAGAAAAUGAAAAAGUCUUUAGAAAUCUCAGUUAAAUAGAUAGAUGGAAGAAGAUAAGGAACAGAAAGGUGGUUAAAUAAAAAAAAGGUAAUAAUAAUAAUAACAAUAUGAUAAUGAUAAUAAUAAUAAUAAGUAAUAAUGAUAAAAAAAAAAUCUGAAGUUGAACAAAGAAAAGAAAAAAAUAAUGAGUUUCCUAGUUUUUACUUAAAUUUGUACUGAUUAAGAUGACAAACAAGAAAGUUAUGCAUUUGUGUUGUAUAUUUAUUUUAGUUAUUGAAGUGUGUGUGUGUGUGUGUGUGUGUGUGUGUGUGUGUGUGUGUGUGUGUGUGUGUGUGUGUGUGUGUGUGUGUGUGUGUGUGUGUGUGUGUUAGAUCCUGUUUGUAAUUGUAAUGGAGGAGUGAAGGAGUUAGAUGUAAGAUUAAAUCCAAUGUUUUGUGAAUGUAAAGGAAAAGAGAAAUGAGAGAGAGAGAGAGAGAGAGAGAGAGAGAGAGAGAGAGAGAGAGAGAGAGAGAGAGAGAGAGAGAGAGAA